CGGAUAGUGACUUCAUACUAGCCUUCCGACUAGCUUCGGCGGGGCCCAAUCCGACCAACGAGUCUGUGACGUACGACCGACGACCGGUUUCCACUCCCUCUUUUUUCUCACCGACCACCCACGAACUCUCCUCACUCCCCCCAAAUCUCCCCCCCCCCCACGUUCGAUCCCAACCAUGCCUCCGAUCGAACUCCCCAAGCGCCGGCGCAUUGCCGUCCUCACCUCCGGAGGUGAUGCCCCCGGCAUGAAUGGCGCCGUCCGCGCCGUCGUCCGGAUGGCUAUCUACUCCGACUGCGAAGCCUACGCCGUGUUUGAAGGCUACGAGGGACUGGUGGCCGGCGGCGAGAUGAUCCGUCAACUACACUGGGAGGAUGUCCGCGGCUGGCUCUCCCGCGGCGGCACCCUCAUCGGGUCCGCCCGCUCCAUGGCCUUCCGGGAACGCCCCGGCCGCCUGCGCGCCGCCAAGAAUAUGGUCCUGCGCGGCAUCGACGCCCUCGUCGUCUGCGGCGGUGACGGCUCCCUCACCGGUGCCGACGUCUUCCGCGAGGAGUGGCCCGGCCUGCUCGAGGAGCUCGUCAGCAGCGGCGACCUCUCCACCGAACAGACGGACCCCUACCGCUCCCUCAACAUCGUCGGCCUCGUCGGCUCCAUCGACAAUGACAUGUCCGGCACCGACGCCACCAUCGGCUGCUACUCCUCCCUCACCCGCAUCUGCGACGCCGUCGACGACGUCUUCGACACCGCCUUCUCCCACCAGCGCGGCUUCGUCAUCGAGGUCAUGGGCCGCCACUGCGGCUGGCUCGCCCUCAUGGCCGCCAUCAGUACCGGCGCCGACUGGCUCUUCGUCCCCGAGACCCCGCCUCGGGAUGGGUGGGAGGACCACAUGUGUUCCAUCAUCACCAAGAACCGCACCGAACGCGGCAAGCGUCGCACCAUCGUCAUCAUGGCCGAAGGCGCCCAUGACCGCCAACUGAACAAGAUCUCCAGCAGCACCAUCAAGGAUAUCCUGACCCAGCGCCUCGGCCUCGACACCCGCGUCACCGUCCUCGGCCACACCCAGCGCGGCGGCCCCGCUUGCGCCUACGACCGCUGGCUCUCCACCCUGCAGGGUGUCGAGGCCGUCCGCGCCGUCCUCGACAUCAAGCCCGGCAUGCCCUCCCCUGUCAUCACCAUCCGCGAGAACAAGAUCAUGCGCACCCCCUUGAUUGAGGCCGUCGACAUGACCAAGCGCGUCGCCGCCUUCAUCGAGCGCAAGGACUUUGACGGCGCGAUGGCCCUCCGCGAUUCUGAGUUUAAGGAAUACUACUUUGCCUAUCGCAACACCGCCACGCCUGAUCAUCCCCGCAUGCUCCUACCUGAGAACAAGCGCAUGCGCAUCGCCAUCAUCCACGUCGGCGCCCCCGCCGGUGGCAUGAACCCCGCCACGCGCGCCGCCGUCUCCUACUGCCUCGUCCGCGGUCACACCCCCCUGGCCGUCCACAACGGUUUCCCCGGCCUCUGCCGCCAUCACAACGACACCCCCGUCAGCUCCGUCCGCGAAGUCCACUUCGUCGAGGCCGACCCCUGGGUCAACGAGGGCGGCUCCGACAUCGGCACCAACCGCAGCCUGCCCGCCGAAGACUUUGAGACCACCGCCCGCUGCUUCGAGCAGUACCGCUUCGACGCCCUCUUCGUCGUCGGCGGCUUCGAGGCCUUUACCGCCGUCAGCCAGCUGCGCCAGGCCCGCGACCGCUUCCCGGCCUUCCGCAUCCCCAUGACCGUCCUGCCCGCCACCAUCUCCAACAACGUCCCCGGCACCGAGUACUCCCUCGGCAGCGACACCUGUCUCAACACCUUGGUCGAAUUCUGCGACGCCAUCCGCCAGUCCGCCUCGUCCUCGCGCCGCCGCGUCUUCGUCAUCGAGACCCAGGGCGGCAAGUCCGGGUACAUCGCCACCACCGCGGGGCUGGCCGUCGGUGCCGUCGCCGUCUACAUCCCGGAGGAGGGCAUCAACAUCAAGAUGCUCUCCCGCGACAUCGACUUCCUGCGCGAAAACUUUGCCCGCGACAAGGGCGCCAACCGGGCCGGCAAGAUCAUCCUGCGCAACGAGACCGCCUCGUCCACCUACACCACCCAGGUCAUCGCCGACAUGAUCAAGGAGGAGGCCGACGGCCGCUUCGAGUCGCGCUCCGCCGUGCCGGGCCACUUCCAGCAGGGCGGCAAGCCGUCCCCCAUGGACCGCAUCCGCGCCCUGCGCAUGGCCAUCCGCUGCAUGAUGCACCUGGAGGACUACGCCGGGAAGUCAGGUGCAGAGAUUGCGGCCGACGAGCUGUCCGCCUCGGUGAUCGGUAUCAAGGGCUCGCAGGUGCUGUUCUCGCCGAUGGGCGGCGCCACGGGACUCGAGGCUACCGAGACGGACUGGAAGCGUCGUCGUCCCAAGUCCGAGUUCUGGCUGGAGCUGCAGGACACCGUUAAUAUUUUGUCCGGACGGGCCACGCUAGGCGAAGGAAAGAUGUCAUGGGCUUGCUACGAGAAUAUUAUGCCGCCCGCAUCCCGACCAGGCUCACCCUAGCCACCAUUCCCAACGCAAUGAAGUGAUGAUGUAUGACGAAGGCGGCGUGGUUUUACCCUCCAGUACAGUACAGUAAUUCUAGUUUGAUAUUCUGUAGAUGCAGACGACCCUGAAUGCAAUGUUCUUUAUUUCCUAUGCUAUACUAUGCUAUCAUGUUCAUGUAUAUCCAUCACACCCCAUUCCCUCCAGCAGCAACAUUCUGCUCGAUCGCGUCUAGCUCGUCUAGGAGGGAGACCGUUUCGGCGGGACUGGCGAU